AUGUGGGGGCAAAGCCUCCGGAGGUUCACCACCUCUGUGGCCCAAAGCAGCCACAAUGAGGAGGGCCCUGGGAAGAAUUUGCCAUUUUCUGUGGAAAACAAGUGGCGGUUCCGGGUUCUGAUGGCCGCCUUCUUUGGGUCUGGAUUUGCUGCACCUUUCUUUAUAGUAAGACACCAACCGCUUAAGAAAUAA